AGUGUAGCGGCCACCGGGAAGAGACUCGGGAUCUGGAGGACCUUCACAGGCAGCUGCAGCGGGAGACGGAGAAUCUGUGUCGGUGGAAAGCUUCGAGUGAGGUGAACACGAAGCAGCUCGAGCGACAGCUGAACGAGGCUCGGGUGACCAUCGCUGACCAGUGCCGGAAUCUGAUGGAGCUGCAGCUGAACUCGGAGAACCUCUCACAGAGCCUACUCAAGGAGCGCCAAGAGAGGGACUUGAUCGCGGCCAAAGUGAUGCAGACUGGCCAACUGUCCCUCGCGCUUGUACAGGAGAAGGAAAAACUUGCUGGUACCCUCUCACUUCUUCUGCAGGAAAGGGACCUUCUAAAUGCAGCACACAAUAAUACGGUCCAGAAGAUAAAUAAUUUGUCAGAAGGGCUCCAUGAUCUUUGCGUGACACACAGACAGCAACUCAGCAGCAUUACAACUCAAGCUGCGAAAGAAGUGAGGCAACUGAAGAAUGAAAUCACGUCUAGGGAGCAAGAACUGAACGAAUCAGAGGCGUCCCUUUCAACACUCGUCCGACAUCAGUCCGAGUACGAACAGAAAGUUACAGAGCUGACGGAGCUCCUGAAGACUACAGAAGAAAGUUCCUCGGUCGCUCUAAAGAAAAAUCUAGCCCUCGAAUCGGAAAGAGAUGAGGUUAAAAGCUCUCUAGAGCGUAUUCGGACGGAGAUAGAGGAGCAAAAGCGGGCAUCGGCUGCACAGCUGGCCAAUCUGAAGGAGGAAUUAAAAAGAGAAAAGUAUCGCCGAACAGAGAGCCAAAAAGAAUUCGAAGAAGCGGUAGAGAAGAUACAGUAUCUGAAGACAGCAAAUGACACAUUGGAAGGCAGCAAAGCCGAGCUUCUGGAUAAACUCGAGGCUGUGGCAACUCGAAAACAAGAAUUGGAGAAGGACCUCCAGCACGGUAGCAGCAUGUUGGCAGCCCUACGAACAGAAUACCUAGAGGUAACACAGAAAGCCAACUUCUUGUCCCAGUGUCUUGAGGAAAUGCACACAAAGUUCUCUCAUUUGGAAUCGGAUUUUAGAGACAUGCAGAUGGAGAAACAGUCUCUUAUUGCUCAGUUGGAUGAAGCAAAGGGACUUUUACAGGAAGAACGACAGCGCGUUUGUCAUCAGAAGGAAAAAAUAUUGGAACUAAGCCAAGAUCUCGCGAUAGAGAAACAGAAGGAAGAAGAACGAAUGAUUGAACUGGAAACUUGUCAAGAAUUAAAUGACAAAAUGCGUGUUACUGAACAAUUGACUAAAAUGUCCCAGGAAAACGCAGGGGUUGCAGCUAUAAAAGAAGAGGACAGGACAUUGGCAGAUGAUCAGAAAAUUAGCUCUUGGGAAGCCGAAGUGAAAUCCCUUACUGAACAGCUGAGUCAUGUUCGAAAUGAGUGGGCAGCAGAACACGAGAGUUAUGAGCGGAAGAUUCAGACCAUUACCACCGGUGCGUCCGAAGCAGAAGCAGAACUGAAGAGACGGAUUUCUGAAAUGGAAGACCAGUAUAUCAAAGCUAUAGGGAAAUCGGUGGACAUUGAACAGGAAAGGAAGGAGCAACAUGCACUCAUUGAGUCUCAAAAAAAUCAUAUUAAACAACAAGAAAAGGAGCUCAAGUCUAAAGCCAGAGCCUUAACUCAGGAAAUUAAGAAAAGAGAGAAGGCGCAGGCAUCUCUAGAAACUUGGAAAAAGAAGUUCCAAAACAAAGAAAGUGUUCGAGUGAAGCUUCAGUCGGAUCUCCACGAGACUGUGCGCGGCCAAGAAGAAGCGCUCAAACUGCACGAGGAGAAGCAGAAGGCGCUGCAGGAAGAACUUCAAAAUAAAGUCGGCGAGAUCAGCGGACUUCAGGACUUGGCUCGCACACACGAAACGAACCUGCAGGAGACGCAGCAGAAGGUGGUCGACCUGCAGGAGGUUCUCGAGGCUGCUCUUGGCGAACUGAAUGCCCUACGAGACAUGGAGGACGCAAGGGACAAGGCCUUCGAGGAGCUCAAGUGCCAGUCCGCCGAGGCCAAACUAAGCCUGACGAAUAAACUUCAAGAAAAAGAAGAACAGCUCGCAGCGUCCUCUAACAUCUGCGGUCGGUUGCAAGGUGAUGUUGCAAGUUUAAAACGGUGCUUGGAAGAACAGCGUUCCAAACACGUGGCAGAAGUUCAGGCUUUAGAAGAGGCAGUGGAUGGGGCGCAGGAAGAAAUGAAUCGAGCCAAGCAGGAAGUGAUAAAGGUUAACAAAGAGAAGGACGACGUUGUGCAAAAGACCGAUGUGAAAGUGAAGGAUAUGCUAAGUAUCAUCGAGCAAUACAGAUCCGAAAACGAGGUGAACAUGAAGAAAUUAACCGCAGAGUUACUAGAAACUCGGCAGAAGCUCGCAAAGAAAGAGGCAGAUAUCGCAAAUGUAUCAUCAACAAACACGAAGCUCCUUGCCGAAGCCGUGGUUAGAACAUCGACAAGCGUAAUGGCGAAGUCAGAUACCUAUUCAGAAGUGAUACCGUUUCCUUCUGGUGAUGAACUAGCCACUCCGAGCCCGCGCCAGUAUAUCCCCCACAUGUUUUCUCUUCGUGAAUUGAGGAGAAAAGCACCCAUAGCUAGAACAAUCCCGAUGCCAGUGUCUUCUGAGGAAAGCCGGAAGCAACCAGGUAUUCUGAAGACAAGGCUGAGACGUACCCUCGUACCCGCUCCUCAGAAGAAACGUGUCGUCUUCAGUUCUUCAGUGCCUCGGGCCACUGAGGACGACGACCACAGAGAUUCCAGCGCUGACACGAAAGUCUGUGAGGUUAAACCAAAGAGAUAUAGAUUAAGAUCCAACAGUCCGCUCAGCCCGAGGAAGAAGCAUAAUGUGGGGAAUCAACAAGCAAAGACUACUGUUACAAAUGCUGUUGAAUGCAGGGACUGGAUUACCACUUGCAGCAGCAGAUACAAGUGAAUUCGCGUGUUGUUAUAAUCAUGUUUAUUGUUUUGUUAACUUUUUUACAUGUAACAGUGAAAAGGGGAUGUAUUUUUUUUCAGAAUUGAUACAAAACUCUGUGGCAAGUAUUGAGAUAUAUUAUAUACAGCUGAUGUCUACAGUUUCCUAAAGGAUAUAGAGAUGUUACUUUUUUGUACAAAAGUACUUUUAAAAUGGUAUUAGU